UUCGUGGCAACACAGUACGCUAGAAGUCUCCAAACAUGAGCAGCAUUAAUUGUUCAGUUCGUGGGUGCCACAACAACUGGAAGAAAAGGAAACUAUCGCUUUCACAACGAUGUUUUGAGCAUGGAAAGGAGAGAUCUGAGUGCUGUGGACCAGCAUUUAACUUGUUCCCUCCUCCAUCGAAAGACGAGGAUCUCCGGUGCUGGCUAAAGGCGCUGAAUUUGAAAAAUCCACCCAAACGUCCCUAUGUUUGUUCUUUUCAUUUUGUGGAGAAAAAACCCACGCCACUGCAUCCUUACCCAGAGAAGUGGUUGGGCUACAACGCUCCGUUGAAGAAGCCACGGGGGAUGCUGGUGAGAAAAACGGGUGUAUCAAACAGUAGUGAAGUGGGAGACACUGACACUCACAAAGAACAAAUGUGUGACCCUCUGCUUGUGCCUGAACACAACUAUGCUGCCAGCCCAUUACUAGACCAGCCCCUUCAGUGUCAUAAAGGAACACAGUGUUCAAGUCCAGCCGAAAUUCACAGAGAACUGCUACGCACUGACCAACUCAGUCUGCUCUACACUGGUCUUUCAUUAAAAGUUUUUUUGUUUAUAUCUGAUCUGCUGACAAAAGACCACAUCAGCGCCUUUCAGCUGGAUGCCCGUGAUCAGGUCCUGAUGACGAUUAUGAAGCUAAGGCUGAACUUGCUGCAGGCCGACCUGGCGGAGAGGUUUCACGUGUCGCAGUCUGAGGUCAGCAGAAUAACAUCUCACUGGCUUGACAUCAUGGAGGAAAAGCUGAGGCGUUUCAUCCCAUGGCUUCCCCGAGACACCAUUCUAGCAACAAUGCCACAGUGUUUCAAAGAUCAAUAUGCAUCAACAACCUGCGUGAUCAACUGCUCAGAAACUCCCCUUCAGAAACCGCAUAAUCUUGACUCUAGGCGUGAGUCAUACAGUCAUUACGAUGGCCAAAACACGAUCAAAUAUUUGGUGGUAAUUGCUCCUUGUGGUUUGAUAAUGUUUAUCUCUGCUGCAUACGGCGGUAGAUGCAGUGACAAAUUUAUUACUUCAGACUGCGGCUUCCUGGAUUACCUGCGGCCAGGUGACGUGGUCAUGGCAGACGAGGGUUUUUUAAUAUCAGAUCUGCUGCAUGAACGAAGAGUGAAGCUUAUCAUACCUGCAUUCACCAAAAAAGGAAUGCAACUUUCUGAGGAGGAUAACACCCACACCAGGCGCAUUGCAAACGUGAGAGUCCAUGUGGAAAGGGUCAUCAGGCGUCUGAAGAACUUUAGGAUUCUUUCACAAACUGUCCCAAUUAACUUGGCAAACAAAUUUGAUCAAAUCCUCAAAAUCUGUGCAGCUUUGUCCAACCUGCGUGGGGAGAUCAUCCAUGAAGAUGAAAAAGAUGAUUCGUGAAUAGUGUUAAUAUUGUAAAUUGUUUUUAGGUAAAAAUUGUGCAACCCUAAAAAACAUAUAGUUCAUUUACAAUGCACCAGUGCCAUUUUGACAAGGUAAUUCCAGCAUGUUCUAUUGUUUUUUGCACAAGUACUUAGUGUUAUUUUUAGAUUCAAUCAGAUUUCUUCAGUUUUUUUGUCCAGUCUUAGUACUUGGUGUACAGUGGUAAAAAUUAGAAAAACCUU